GACAGUUCCCAUCAGCAACUAUGAACCGCGUGAUGUGGAAUUACACUCCCGACCUAAAAAGGUCGCGAAUGUCAACAAUCGGAACAUCGGCGACGGCGUCUCCUUUAGCAAAUUCUGCCAGCAAACGCAGAUUUUCGGUUGCGACUGCAUCGGUUAAUUUCAAUGCAAAAGCAUCACUGAUCGUAUCUGCCGAUGAGGAAAAUGUUCCUCCAACAACGCCUGUUGCGGUUACAGUAAGGAACAGCUUGAGUCAAGGAUCAGCAACUCCUGCUGGCACGACGAAAAGAAUGAGCCUUCAUGAAAAUUUAAUGCUUAAAAUUUUGGCCACUCCCGUCGAUCAACCCCUGUCGGUGUAUGAUUCCGACUCUGCAUCAGAGGUCUCAUUCUGCAGCUCCGUAGGAAGUUCGCUAUCAGUUGAAGCUCUACUGGAGUCCGAUGAUCUACGUUGUUCAACACCACCCCAAGCUGCGGAUCCUCUCAACAAUCCUCGACUAGCCCGGCUGUAUAAAGAUCUGCAAAGUCCGUCGGCUACAACACGGAUUCGUGCUUUGCGUGCUCUCAAGUCACCCACCAAGAGGAAUGCUUACGGACAGUUCGAUGUGCCACAUGAAGAGCAGGACAUCAUCACGGCCGACGAAAGAAAGCAGCCUCAGUCGAAAACUAUUCAGGACAUCAUGUCCGGAGUGUGCAUAUAUGUUGAGGUUCGUUCUGGGACGGAUAAUCGUUCGGAUGGCAUCAGGGAUCAUGUUGCCUCUCUUGGAGCUAAAGUGAAUGAUCGUUUAUUAAAGGAUACAACUCAUGUCAUCUUCAAAGAUGGUCUCCUCUCCACUUACCAGAAAGCGAAGAAGAUGAACAUACCGGUGGUUUCUAUAUUGUGGAUUGAAGCCUGCAAACGGCACAUGUGUCUAAUGAAUCCGGAGCAGUUCCCCAUCUCCAAUCAAGAGCGUUAUGAAAACCCAGAAUUGUUUAAAAAGAUACGGCGUCAAAAAUCAAUGCAACCUCGAGCCGAGGAAAUGACCAGCUCUGGUGGGAAAAAACGACCAGCACUGGUUUCGGCGGAUUCCAAUGGUUCCAAGUCUAUCAGUUCUCCCCCAAGCAAACUUCCGGUGUUGCAUCGCAUACGUAAAGACGAUGGCUUGGAGCGUAUUCUUAAUGAAUUUCAAGCGGAAAAUCAAAGCACACCUGAACCGCAAGACGAUUUCGACAAACUGCUUAAUGGACCGAUGAAACUACUGGAACGCUUUAGGAAUUCGCCGGUUCCAACAACUACAAAUGCAGAGCCUGAGGCUGCUGAAACAAACAAAGAAGUAGAAUCGAUUUCUUCUACCCCUACGACGAAGCGAAUCCGCAAAUCACUCUUCAAUGGAUCGGUCGAAAAAGAGACUUGCGCUGCCGAAGAACGUCAAACUAGAAGAAGAAGAAGCAGCAGCACUGUCCGUGAAAAUGAACCUCCCAAGGAAAAUUCCUUGCCAGCUAAAGAAACCAGGUCACGGAGAAAGACAAUGCUUUUUACACCUAAAGUUACUAGUGUAGAAGAAGAAAUCGAAUCACCGGUUCCGGAAAGGAAAUCGGUCAGAAAUCGAAGAAAAACUAUGUUCACGACCGCAGCGAAAGAGAACAGUCCUCCGAAGAAACGAGAGACAAUUAUUUCUCCAAAAGCGAUGGAACUGUGCAGAACGAAUUCUGUGGAAUUAUGCCAAACCGACAGCAUUAAUUCGGAAAGUAUUCAACAGACUACCGUAACUUCGAAACAAAAUAAUCGUGCAACAAUAUAUUCACCCAGGCGGAUGGAACAAACUUUGGAAAAGACUGACAAAAUUACUACUCCAGAUGAGAACAAUCGUUCCCGCAGAACACUCCACCCCACCAAUACGGAGAACAUAAUCAACGAAUCGACAAAGGAUAAAAUUAAAACACCCGAGUUGGAUCUGGAUCCCAAAGUUUUAGAAUCAUUCCGUACCAACCGCCGCAGGACUCUCUAUACCCCCGGGGUAUACGACGAGUCGGACAAAAUGCAAAUUAAUAGCGAUAGUCAGUCACUAGGCACACGGAGCUCUUUGUUUACGCCAGCUGCAAAUUCAACUGCAACCGCAGCCUUCACACCUCUAACGAAACAAUCGAUGCAAAACCGGAGAAGAACACUUUACACACCCGGCGCAUCCAUUGAUGUUCCGGAAACCCCAUCAAGGGAGGAGCCAGCUACCCCCAAUAGACCAGCAAUAGUUCCCAUACGGAACAAGACUCUUCUCGAAGAGUAUCAAUCGAAUCUCACAUUCAGUUCAACCAAAGAUCCAAAAAGCGAUCGCCGUAAAACCAUUUUUGACAUUUCUAUGGAUAUUAUCGACAAACGGUUGUCCCACAUUAACAUGCAAUCGAAAAAGACUGCCGAGAAAGCCGGUGCAACAGCAAGAGUGUUGAACAGAAGCAUUUCAGCAGAAGAGGCUCUGAAGUCGCCUCCGCCUAGAAUGUCCUCAAUUUCUCGUCAGACUUCGCUGGACACAUUCUAUCGGAAGCUUUCAAAAUCAACAGAAAAAAGUGUAAAAUCGAAUGUCGAUAAAUUGCGGGAGCCGUUGGUUAAACCUGCCGAAUCAACUGCAGCGCCCGUACCCCGCAAGCGCAAACUCUUCAAUGCACAACCAUCGGCGUUGGGAACGCCACCACCCCCCAGUAGUCAAGAAUCGGGAAUAACUGCGCUGUCGCACAUCGAAGAGAAUCCCAACAAACGUCCAAAGCAGAACACUCCGACCCCGGCUUCCAACAGGCGUCGCUCAGUUGCAACGUCUCAGACAACCAAAUCGGUGUCCACCUCCACCACCACCAUCAGAACAGUCUCGCGCCGAAGCACAAUGCUCUUCGAAACACGACCUACUCCUAGCAGCAGUGGUCGCGCCACCACUUCAGGCUCAAAACCUAUCCAACCCCAGCCGUCAUCGACGACCACCGCCGCUCGUCCUGUGAUGGGAACGCAAGCACGUACACUGAAGGCACUCGGGCUCGGAGCGGGCCUGCCGACGGUUACUGCUUCCCAGCAGCAGCAGCAGAAGAUGAUGACGGCACCGAACAACGGAGCACAGCAGUUUCACUUGGCCACCACCAAUCUGCACGCUGCUCAGUACAGAUUCGUGAAAGAGGCUGUAGCAAAGCUCGGUAGCUUCACCGUGCACAACGAUGUCAGUGACAAAACAACGCAUCUGGUGAGCCUGGAACCACGGCGCACCAUAAACAUUCUGCGGGCGUUGGCCCGCGGCCUGUGGAUCGUUGCGUACGACUGGGUCGAACAGUCCGCCAGUGCCGGUCGCUGGCUACCGGAGGAACAGUUCGAACUGCGAAAUUUCUCGGCGGCCGUUCAAAUUUGCCGCAGCGAAAGGCAAGCGUUCGGUCCGCGGUACCGCAUGGAACUGUUCGCCGACUGUGGCCCUUUCUACGUGUCGGAACACUGUCAGGUACCGCAGGGCCAGCUGCGUGAGCUAAUCGUCCUAUGCAAAGGUAAGCUGGCCGCCAACGCGCUGAAUGCAAAGUAUUUGAUCGUGCAGUCACGACAAGAUGUGCAGCACGUUCCGAGCGGAGCGUACUGCCUGAGUCCAAUGUGGAUACUGGAUAGUAUUAGUAUUAAUAAGCUCAAGAAAACCUAUAAAUACUUGGUAAAGAAGUGA